UUUUGUUGUGAGUUGACCAGUGUUGUCAAACAGCUUGUUGACAAAAAUGAGUAGAAAACAAUAGAUUAGUUGAGUAUUAGCCACAAAGAAUGCCAGAAAACGCGUCCAGAUCCAUGCCCACAGAGGCUGGCUUCCGGAGCAUGCGCAGCCAACUGGCGGGCAGUACCUUUGGCCAACGGCGCGAGGAUAUCUUUCGUCGUCUCCAGGAAAGUGCGCAUCAGGUCUCGCUAAAGUAUAAUGGAAAACAACUGGCCACGGAGUGCGAUGAAUGUGUCCAGGAACUGUGCGAUUCUCUCGAAGAGCUGAUGUCCUAUGGACUGAAGCAAACGGCUGGUGCCUCUUCCUUCAGCGCCGCCAGUUUUAUCCAAAAUAUGCAGGAGAUGGUGUCCGGAAAUGCAGGCGGGAGCAGCAACAAUAAUGACGCCACAUUCUGGGAAUUUUGCCAGACGCAUUUGACGCCCCAUGAACGCCAGCGGUACGUGGACCUCAAGAACAUCUGGACAAAUACGGGCAAAGGCCGUGCUUUUUUACGUUCUUCGCUUAAUGAAAAGCGCCUGCAUACCUAUAUGCUUACCUGGUUGAGCGAUGAGAAGCAGCUACAUUGCUUUUACACACCCUGGUCGCUGCUGCUCAACGAAGAGGCGACCAAAAAGCUACCAGAGAUCAUAGACUCCCUCAAAAAUGUUCUGUUUGCUCUUAAUGUGGACACUCCAGAGCUAAAUGCGCCAAGGAGAUCGCCUGCCCCUGUAAAAGUGGAACCAAUUAUAUACGCCCCCAGUCCAGUGCCGGUUGUGGGACUCACAGCAAGGCAAACUUUCAAUGCUGUGGAGCGACCCAUUGAGGGUUCCACCUCCGUAGAGGAUUUGCUGGGUGCUCUGAAACCCAUCGAGUCGGUGGAGGUGCAACAAUUACUGUCCAAAAAAGCCAUCGAAGAGGAGUUGUCAAAACAUGUAGAUGAAGUUUAUUUGGGACCUUUCGAUCCAAUUGAACCUGAGCUCGAGUUCCUCAAGACACCCUUGCCAGAGAUUUUGUCACAGCCUGUUGCAGAGGCAGAAUUCUACGAAGACCGCAGCGAUUCGUCCUCGCAGUGGAGCAAGUCCUCUUCCUCUGCGAAUUGCGCAACUAACAACCAACAAGCGGCGCUUGAGGAGCAGGUCAACCAGUUAAACGAAAGAUGCGCUCUUUUAGAAACUCGAGUGGCAGAGUUAAGUCUACAGAACCGCCAGCUCAUCCGAAGACUAACAAAACAAUUUGAGGAGACCGGCGUUGAUCCCAGUUCAUCACUCUGCUCAAACUUUCUGAUAACCAUUCCACAAGUAAAGCUGGUAAAGACUCAGCGCUCCGGUUCCCACUAUACCUACGAAGUUCACAUCACGAUGAGACAGCGUUUGGAGCACUGGACGUUUUUCAGACGUUACAGCGAGUUCAACAAGCUACACAAGACACUGCUAAAGACCCAUCCGGUGGUCAGCGCAGUGGAGUUUCCACCAAAAAAGCAUUUUGGCAAUAUGAAUUUAGUCUUCGUGGAGGAACGGCGUCAACAGCUUCAGAUAUACCUACUUAAUCUCGUUGAAACUCUGCCACAAGUGGAGGCCUGCAAGUCCAAGGCUGAGCUGCAGAAGGUCUUCCCUUUCUUCAGGGAUAGAUAGCCAUCUUAAGGCAAUAUAAGCGAACUAAACUCAACCAAGGAAGCUCGAAAAGAACAAGUAUUUCUCCUUACAUUAUUUUUAUUUUCUUGUAAAGAUCUUUACUUAUAUGUCUAAAAAUGGAGUUGGUCCAAGUGCUGUAAUCAUUGAUAUUAAAUAAAGCUAAGAAUUUGUAUAUA